GAAAUGUCCAACAACAAUAAGAUGAAAGGCUUGUUAAAGGGCCUAAGAUACAUCUCUCAAAUAUUUGAUAAUGAAAAAGAACCAGAAAUGCAGAUUGGUUUUCCCACAGAUGUAAAGCAUGUGGCCCACAUAGGAUGGGAUGGUCCCUCUGUAAAUUCUCCUAGCUGGAUGAGCGAAUUUAAAGCUCCAACUGCAUAUGCAUCGGCACCUUUGAAUAGCAAUGGGGAAGCUAGAGAUGGCCCUAAUUCUGCCAGAUGGGUCUCUGGAGAUACUAGUCGGAGAAGUGGGCGGGUCCCAAAUUCUCCGGUGAGGGACUUGCCUGACUUGCCUAAGGCAUCAAGACGCCUACAAUCAACGGAUGGUGCUAAUAGUGGAAUUGAGUCUCCAACUAGAGAAAAAGUAGAAAAGACAAGACAGCGGCGUUCUUCAAAGAAUGCAAGCAGGGAUCCGACCGAUAGUCCAAGACAGGGUCGUCGAUCCAUGGAUUCGAACUCUGGGGUCGAAUCGCCGUCACGAAACUUGCCUGACGUUCCCAAGAAAAGUCAACGGAAGAAAUCCAAAGACGGCGGAGGCUCAUCGAGAUCAAGAUCAAAAGCGCAAGCCUCACCAGCUGAUCAAUUAAUGGAAACAUUCUCGGAUCCUGGAUCAAAUCCAGGUGAUCAAUUAAUGGCACCAUUCUCGGAUCCUGGAUCAAAUCCAGAAUCCGCCGAGUCCAAGGGCAAUGAUCUUAAUUGUCAAAAACCACCAAUAUUGGAUGAAGCCAAGGAAAUCAAGGGAUUGAUUAGAUGA